AUGAUUGAAGUUAUUAUGGAUGAACAACCGUUUGAGCAGUCAUCUGCGAUUCCCAAGGAGAGACAAGAUAGAUAUACUACUUGGAAGAAGAAUACAAAACUGUUGUAUGAAUAUUUAAAUACCAAUUCCAAUAAAUGGCCCUCGUUGACAUGUCAAUUUUUUCCAGAUGUUAAUACCAAGAAUGAUAGUCAUAGAAUAUUACUUUCAUCUUUCACUUCAUCAUUAGUACCGGAAGAUGAAUCUUUAUAUAUUACAAGGAUCUCUACGCUGAAGCAUCUAAGUUGGGCAUCUUUGAAUAACUUUGAUUUGGAUGAAAUGGAGUUUAAGCCAGAUAAUAGUAAUAUAAAGUUACCUCCAAAGAAUUUAACUACGGAAUUGGUAAUUAGAUUUCCAAAUGGUGAUUGUAAUAGAGCAAGAUACUUGCCGCAAAAUCCAGACCUAAUAGCAGCAGCUUCAUCUGAUGGGUCCGUUUAUAUAUUUGAUAGAACAAAACAUGGGACAGCAAUGCACAGUCGACAAUCAGGCUUUACGCAAUCUUAUCAAGCAAAGCUUGCUGUCAAUAACAAUUCGCAAUCGUUGAAUGGCGAAAAUGAGGCAUUGACUAUAGAUUGGAAUCAUCAGAAGGAAGGACAUCUGGUCGUUGCAUAUUCAGACGGUCAUGUAAAGGCUUGGGAUAUUACUAAGUACAAAAGAUCAGAUCCAGUGAUAAAGGCUCCUGAAUAUAAUUACAAAUUAGAUGAAUCUGGGUGCAACGAUGCCGUGUGGAUGCCAGAACACAACUCGUUAUUUGCUGCUUGUAGUGAAGACAAUAGAUUGUCACUAUUCGAUACCAGAGAUGAAUCUAAUAUCAUCGACAUAUCUACCAGUGUCCAUAAAGGUGGUAUCAAUGCUUGUAGAUUUAAUCCAAGAAAUAGUCUAUUGUUAGCAUCCGGUGAUUCAAUAGGUAAUAUAUGUCUAUGGGAUAUUAGAAAGAAAGAGACGCCAAUAAACAUUCUUGAUCACGGAUCUUCUAUAUCUACGAUCGAAUGGAAUCCGAAUUUAUCUACAGUAUUAGCAUCGGCAGGUCAAGACGAUGGUCUGGUGAAAUUAUGGGAUGCUGGAUCAGACAAACCUGUGUUUAUACAUGGUGGACACAUGCUUGGUGUCAACGACAUAUCUUGGAAUAUGCACGAUCCAUGGCUAAUGUGUAGUGUGUCGAAGGAUAACUCCAUUCAAAUUUGGAAACCUGCUCAUAACCUUGUAGAAUUAGAAUAA